CUGCCCGAGGGGGGGAGAGCCCCGCCGCCUCCCCGGCCGCCGGACAUGUCGGAGCAUAAGGCCGUUGAUCCCAAGUUAUCGACGACGGACAGGGUGGUGAAAGCUGUACCAUUUCCUCCAAGUCACCGGCUCACAGCUAAGGAAGUGUUUGAUAAUGAUGGAAAACCCCGUGUGGAUAUCUUAAAGGCCCACCUUAUGAAAGAAGGGAGACUGGAAGAGAGCGUUGCUUUGAGAAUAAUAACAGAGGGAGCUUCAAUCCUCCGCCAGGAAAAAAAUUUGCUGGACAUAGAUGCACCAGUCACAGUUUGUGGAGACAUCCAUGGUCAGUUCUUUGACUUGAUGAAACUGUUCGAAGUGGGAGGUUCUCCAGCUAACACACGGUAUCUCUUCCUGGGGGACUACGUGGACAGAGGGUACUUCAGCAUUGAAUGUGUGCUGUACUUGUGGGCCUUGAAAAUCCUUUACCCCAAAACACUGUUUUUACUUCGUGGGAAUCAUGAAUGUAGACAUUUAACAGAGUAUUUCACAUUUAAGCAAGAAUGUAAAAUCAAAUAUUCAGAACGUGUAUAUGAUGCCUGCAUGGAUGCCUUCGACUGCCUUCCCUUGGCUGCUCUGAUGAACCAACAAUUCCUGUGUGUACACGGUGGCUUGUCUCCAGAGAUCAACACCUUAGAUGACAUCAGAAAAUUAGAUCGAUUCAAGGAACCACCUGCAUACGGCCCUAUGUGUGACAUCCUGUGGUCCGACCCGUUGGAGGACUUUGGAAAUGAGAAGACUCAGGAACACUUCACUCACAACACAGUCAGGGGGUGCUCGUACUUCUACAGUUACCCUGCUGUUUGUGAGUUCCUACAGCACAAUAACUUGUUAUCUAUACUCCGAGCUCAUGAAGCCCAGGAUGCUGGGUAUCGUAUGUACAGGAAAAGCCAAACAACAGGCUUCCCUUCACUAAUCACAAUUUUUUCAGCACCAAACUAUCUAGAUGUAUACAAUAACAAAGCUGCAGUAUUGAAAUACGAGAACAACGUUAUGAAUAUCAGACAGUUCAACUGCUCCCCUCAUCCGUACUGGCUUCCAAACUUCAUGGAUGUGUUUACCUGGUCCUUGCCGUUUGUGGGUGAGAAAGUGACAGAGAUGCUGGUAAACGUGCUGAACAUCUGCUCAGAUGAUGAAUUGGGGACAGAGGAAGAUGGGUUUGAUGGAGCAACAGCUGCUGCUCGAAAGGAGGUUAUAAGGAACAAGAUAAGAGCAAUAGGAAAAAUGGCAAGAGUUUUCUCAGUGUUAAGAGAAGAGAGUGAAAGCGUGCUGACGCUGAAAGGUUUGACUCCAACAGGAAUGCUGCCCAGUGGUGUGCUCUCUGGAGGAAAACAAACACUGCAAAGCGCUACUGUUGAGGCUAUUGAGGCUGAUGAAGCUAUCAAAGGAUUUUCACCCCAGCAUAAGAUCACUAGCUUCGAAGAGGCCAAAGGCUUAGAUCGAAUUAAUGAGCGAAUGCCUCCGCGCAGAGACGUGCCAUCCGAUGCCAACCUUAACUCCAUCAACAAGGCAAUCUCCACAGAGACUAAUGGCACGGACAGCAACGGCAGUAAUAGCAGCAAUAUUCAGUGACCACUGUCUGGGAGGGGGGUUGAGCUGCAGGGCGCGAUGGGGUUGCUGCACAUCAGCAGUGGGAUGUUCUUGCCUCUGAUAAUAGCUUACUUGCUCUGGGGGCCAGGUGUUGGAUCCAG